AUGGGUCACGAAGAUGCUGUUUACCUAGCCAAGCUCGCCGAGCAGGCUGAACGCUAUGAAGAAAUGGUCGAGAACAUGAAGGUUGUCGCCUCUUCGAACGUAGAACUCACCGUUGAAGAGCGGAAUCUUCUUUCCGUCGCCUACAAGAACGUCAUCGGUGCUCGCCGUGCGUCCUGGAGAAUCGUCACCUCGAUUGAGCAAAAAGAGGAGUCCAAGGGCAACGAGUCUCAGGUUUCUCUCAUUAAGGAGUACCGCCAAAAGAUUGAAGCCGAACUCGCCAAGAUCUGUGAGGACAUCCUAGAGGUUCUCGACAAGCACUUGAUCCCUUCUGCCCAGAGCGGCGAAUCCAAGGUCUUCUACCACAAGAUGAAGGGUGACUACCACCGUUACCUUGCUGAGUUCGCUAUUGGCGACAACCGCAAGGGUGCUGCCGAUGCUUCGCUCGAGGCCUACAAGGCCGCUACUGAGGUUGCUGCCACCGACCUUGCUCCUACCCACCCCAUCCGUCUUGGCCUGGCCCUCAACUUCUCGGUCUUCUACUACGAGAUCCUCAACUCCCCCGACCAGGCUUGCCACCUCGCUAAGCUUGCUUUCGAUGAUGCUAUUGCCGAGCUCGACACCCUGAGCGAAGAGAGCUACAAGGACUCCACCCUGAUCAUGCAGCUUCUCAGGGAUAACCUGACCCUCUGGACCUCUUCUGAGGCCGAGCCCGCUGCCGAAAACGCCCCCGCCGAAAAGAAAGAGGAUGCCCCCGCUGCUGAGGCUGAGGAGAAGCCCGCUGAGUAA